AUGGAGGAAUUUGAUUUUGAUGAUCUAUACAAGGAAGACGUCCCAUCACGGGUCGAAGAAGUGAAACUAAAUCCAGAGCCAGAUGCGUAUAAUUCAUUUAUAGACGGCGUUCCGUUAUGUCAAUUGAGCCCACGCGUAGUAGACGGAUACUUUAAAUUAUGGGGAAUAUCCUAUAGGCACAUUAAUCAUGCUCAAGAAAAUUACAGGGAAAAGUUGCAACAAGCACUGGCGGAUUAUCUAUCAGUAAGACAUUCUACAUUACUUGAAUCGAAAGAAUUAAAAGAUGAUGGAAGCACAAGAUAUAAUUGGGACGUGUUUCACCUCUGUGCGGUCUGUCUCAACCUCGAACAUUCAACCGAAACGUGUAGCAUAAACGUUGUCACUAUGAAUCUUGAAACCGUCACCACAUUUGAAUUAACCGAGUUUUUCGAUGUUCUCAAUCAAUAUUGCUCCGACUGCUCCUCGGGAAGCCUAGAAAUUCAAAUCAAGUCAAAAUCAUCAGAUAGCAAAGGUCUUGUCGUGGCGUCGUUUUUAGCAUCGCCAACGUUCACGGGCUCUGCAUUGUCAUGCGCAGGAAAUGAUUUUACUGAAGAGGAACUAAUAGCAAUUACAGCGGCAUUGAAGACGAAUGUUUCAUUAAAGUCUGUGCAUUUUGCGGGCAGUCGGAUGACACCAGCAACAAUUUCCACCCUAUGUGAUUCGCUCUUGUAUAACAAAACGCUUCGUCGGGUCAUAGCAUGUCCACUUGAUCUCUCUCACCUGGAUACUAAUUGCCUAAUCGACAUACGCAGGACUCUUGAAGUAAACACCAACAUUGAACUUUUCACUUUUGAUUCGGGUACGUUUGCUUACAACGAAUUCGACAAUGCUCAAACAAGUUAUCAACAAAUCGUGACUACUAUUAACAAAGCACAAGAAGAACUAUCUCUGCAAAUAGUUGACAGAAUAAUGUAUCUUUUACACCAGAAUGUCCGACUUAUCAGGACGACAGACUGUGCAGCGGCAACAAAGCUGUUGUGUAUAGUGAGGAUGUGUGCGUUUAACCUUCCGUGGCAGCGAGUAGGAAAUGAAAUAAGAAUGAGAAAGACCGUUCAUUUGCCACUUGAGUUAUGGCUGCACAUAUUUGAGGCCUUUGGUGAUUUGUGUGAAUAUUCGAAUAUAGCUAUUGCCAAGCUUAUACAAUACGGGUUGUGCAAAAGGACAUUGGUUAGAUCAUUAACGAAGAGGUCGUUUCUGAAUUUCACAUUCGAGAGCUGCGAAAAUUUAGAGGAGCUUUUGAUGUAUACUUGA